AUGAUGCCUGGUCAUCAUCCUCAUGUAUCACAAUCUAAAACAACAAGUCCAAUAACAAAUUUUACAUGUGUUUGGAAUACAAACAAAUCAACAAUUACAGUUUAUAUUGAAUCGAAUGAACCAAUCAAAGGAAUGUUUAUACAAGGACGAAAAUUAAAUACAGAUUUUGCAAUUGGUACAUUUGAAACUCCAUCGAAUAUGCAUUUGGUUGAUUGUAACACUGUUGAAUCAAAAACGAAGCAGGUGAUUUGUUUACAAGGUACAAUUGAUGAAAAUGUUGAUCGUAUUCGAAUGCUUGAUAAUCAUUAUAAAGCUGUCGAUGAUGAAUUAGCAUCAACGCAACGUUUACUAGCUGCUCAUCAUAUCAAAACGACAACAGACAAUAUGUUAAUUGAAAAUGAUAAAAUUGAAAUAAAACGAUUAAAAUUUCAAAUGAAAACGAUUGAUCAUGAUUUAACAAAAUUUAGUAAACGAAAACUAAAAUUUGAAAAAGAAAUCAAUAUAUUGUCGGAAAAGAUAAAAAAAAUAACAAACGUAGCCGUUGAUGAGCAAGAGAUAUUAGAAAAAUUUAUCAAUUUUCUAAAGAAACGAGAUGAUGAAACGAUUCAUCUGAUGAAAUACACUCGACAAGAUGAUGCGAAAAUUAAGGAGUUAAUUGUAGAAGCUGAAAGAUUAUCAGAAAAAUCAUGUAAAAUAAAACGAGCGGCUGAAGAAGAAACAAUGUCUUUUUCCAGUCUUCAGGUGGAAUUAGACAAAUUGGCUGAUACAUUUCGUCGCUCACACAAACAACGACAAGUACUCAUCCGACGUUGGGAAACAAUUAUUAAACAAAUGCAACGAAAAGAUCAUGAUAUCGAUGUUCUAGCAGUAGAAUUAGUUCAAAUCAAAGCUGAAGUACGUACUAAAGAAACAAAAUUAAAUGAAAGAAAAGCAUUUUAUUCGUAUGAACAACAUAAUAAUCGAACAACAGAAAAACAAAUCGAGUUUAAUAAUGCUAAAAUAAUAAAAUUAAAACAAAAACAUCAAUAUCUAGAAGAACAUCGGGAAAAUUUUGAAAAUGAGAUGUUAUCAUUGAAAAAUUAUGUGACCAACAUAAAUAAUCGUUUAGAAAAAGAACGAAUCACACUUAAAGAUAUUAAAACAGAAAUUAUGUUUAAAUUACAAGACUUACAACAAGCAAAACAACGAAAAGAACAAGUAAUUAAUCAUAAACGUGAAGUACUAAAUGAAAAAUUGACGUCAGAAGAAAAAUUAACAAAGUUUGAAAAUUUAAUCGAACAAGAACAACAUCGUCUAGAACAAUUAGACAAUGAAUAUAAAAAAUUAUCCGAACAAUCAUUUUUAUCUAAUCAAGAAAUAGUCGUUUUAAAAACAACGGAAAAAAAGUUAAAUGUUAAUAUUCAUUCGUUUGUUGUUCAUUUACGAAAUAUUAAAAGUCAAAUGGCUAAAAUUGAUCAACAAGCAUUAAAACAUCAAGAAUUAUUGUAUCAUUUGGAGUUUGAUCUUCAAGGCGUUGAACGACGUGUAACUCGUGUGCUUGGCGAGAAAAGUAGUGAAAAAUAUGCGGAAUCUGAUUCAAAAAUUCGUGAUUUACAAACACAAUAUAAAGAGAAAAAAUCUGGUCUUGAAUUAUUACAAACACAAAUAAAAAUUUUAAAUGAAGAAUUGCGUACAACAAGACGUGAUUUAGAACGUUUAACAAGUGAAAAAACCAUUCUAAAUGGAAAAUUUAUGGAAUUUGAUUUAUAUAUAACAUUAUCGGAGAAAAUAGAGAAAAAAUUAAUUAAUGACAAAGAAGAUUUUCUUGUCGAAGAAAAUUUAUUAAAAGUUGAACUAAAACGUUUAAAAAAUAUUCUGCAUCAUUCAAGUGAAAUAACAUGCGAUUUAGAACAACAAAACAUUGAAAUGCAAAAAAUCAUUAAAGAACGUCGAUUAGAAAUACAAGCAAAUCAAUAUAUUCUUCGUAUUCAACUGAAUGACGAACAAUCAAAAAAGUCAACAAUUUCAACAGAAUUAAAUAUACGCAUAUCAAAAAUAGAAAAAUUAAAAAACAGAUAUGAACUAUUUGCAUUUACAACAGACAGAGAAAAACAGUUAGAUAAUGUUCUUGCACAAGCGCAAUAUGUGAUUAAGGUAGCUCAAAUGAGAGAAGAAUUAUUGAAACAAGGUGAUCAAUUAGAAGCAAUAGUAACGAAAGCGGAAACGGAAUUACGUGCACUAGAAAAUACAGUACAAUUACUCAAUUGGAAUAAUAUUGAUAUUAAAAAAUGUCCAGAAAUAAUUCAAAUAGAAGAAUUGGAAGAACAUUUCAGAACAAUUGUAGAAAAAGUUCGAAUUCGUCGAAAGAUGCUUCGUGAUUACGAUGAAGAGGAACAAACUCAAUCAGUGGAUUUGACUAUGUUCGAAGAACAACUUCAGAACUUUUGUUUAGCUAGUGAAGAAAAGGAGCAUACAUGCUCAAAAUUGAAAGAUGAACUAAAUCGAUUUCGAAUAAAAAUUGAACGAGCAGACAAUCGCAUAAAAAAAAUUCAACAACUGAAUCGAGAACAAAGUCAUGGAAAAAUUCUUGAUGCAAAAGAGUUCGAUGUUGACGUUAAAAUUUAUCACGAAGCAAAUCGAAAAAUUAUGCAAAAUUUGAUUACAUUAUGCUCGUCAUAUGGAGAUGAUGUACUGGCUAAAUUUGAACAAAUAGCAGCAAUGGUAUUAAAAUAA